UUCUGAACAGUAUUAUAGUAAUUGCUAAUUAGGUAUACUAAUAAUUAUAAGAACCUGGAUUAUACGUCAUAUAUAAAUAUAUAUAUAUAUACGUGUAUGUGUAUAUAUAUUGAGCUAUGUAAUAGAUAGAUCGAUGAAGAGAAAAUAGACCAAUAGAUAGAAGAGAGCAAAAGAUCAGAGUUGGGAAAAGAUGGGAAGAGGGAAAGUUGUAUUAGAAAGAAUCGAGAACAAGAUCAACCGGCAAGUGAGCUUCUCAAAGCGUAGGAAUGGUUUGCUCAAGAAAGCUUAUGAGCUUCAUGUGUUGUGUGAUGCUGAAGUUGGUCUCAUCAUUUUCUCAAGUCGUGGAAAGCUCUAUGAGUUUGGCAGUUCAGACCUGAAUACAAUUGUGGAGCGGUACAGGCAAUGUACUUACGCCUCACAAAACAACAAUAUUGAAGGAGAGGAACCACAGAACCUAAUACUGGAAAUCCCAAAAUUGAAGGCCAAGUAUGAGUCUCUUCAGCGUACAGAAAGGCAUUUUCAUGGAGAGAAUCUUGAAGAGCUUGGUCUUAAAGAAUUACAAAAUCUUGAGAAACGCCUUGAUAGGACUCUCUCACAGGCUAGACAACGUAAGUGGCAAAUGUUGUUAGACCGACUUGAAGAACUCCGCAAAAAUGACCGAAGUCUUAGAGAGAUGAAUGAACAGCUGAAGUCCAAGCUUGAAGAAGGAAGAAAUACGGGUCGGUCUACUAAAAAUCCAGGGAAUAAUAUCGAUCCUCACACAGCAGCCGAUUAUAACAACCCCUUUCAUCCGGACUCCAUACAACCCAAUCACAUGAUAUCACAACCUGAUAUAGACGACAAAGGGCCGUAUCCUAGAUUUACUCCCCAACUAACAACUGAUCGCGAAGGAAUGUUUAUAUAUAGGGGUUGGGAGUGACCCCGUGGAACCAGGAUUGGUUGAUCAUCUCCAGAUAUAAAUAUAUAUAUACAUAUAUUUGGAUUUUGGAUCCAUAUGUAUGUAAAUAAAUGCAAGUGCAAGACAUAUAUAAUAGCUAGAUUUUAAAUUUAUGUUGUAGUGUGAGUUUGCAGUAAUAUUAAUAAAAUUAUUCGAACUAUUGGAUGGGA